GGCCCCUACAGUUAGACCGUCAGCUUCCUGCUUCACUUCUGUCAACUAAACUAACUCAGUUUCAAGUCUUCAACAUCACUUUGCAGAUUUUGCUCCUUCUCUAGGGUUUUGAUCCUCUACACUUCGAACCAUCAAAUUCAGAAUGCACCUUCCCUUCCGCGUCCUCACUCUCUUUGCCUUCCCUUUACUCCAGCCAUAAAAGCCCUACUUUAUCCCGAAUCGAAGUGGGUCCGGGCCUAUUUGGUUAAUGUCGGGCCCCCCGCUGGUAAAAUACAUGAGCCAUGCCGCCGAUUCGGAGAUCCGAUCCGUUCUUGGUCCCGCUGGCAACAAGGCGAGAUCAGAGGAAUUGCGGAAGCCCGCCGAGAAGUUGAAUGCCAUCAUGGUGGAGAAGCCAGCGGAGAGAGUUGACGAUAAGUCCCAGGCAAUGCAGGCGGAGGCGGAUCAGCUGCCCAAAUCGCGGUCUGCGGCUAAGAAAUGCGCGAGUGCCGGUUCAAUUCUGAGGCAGCACCAGGAGCACAGGUCGUUUCGGAUGAGGCCAAAUCUGUGGAUGAGUGCUUCUUGCUCAUCCGAUGCGUCCUCUGAUUCUUCUCAGAGCAGAGCCUCAACCGGGAAAAUUAGCAGUCGGAGUGUGACCCUUUCAUCAGCUCGGAAGAAGCAAUGCAGCUCAAAAUUGGAGAGUAAUGGUAAACUUGCCUGUGAAGCCGAGAGCUUGACUGUGAGUUUAGAAGAUGGUUCUGUAGCAAAGAAAAAAUGUUCUUGGGUGACAUCUAACACGGAUCCAUCCUAUUCUACUUUUCAUGAUGAGGAAUGGGGAGUUCCUGUCCAUGAUGAUAGGAAGCUAUUUGAGCUGCUAAGUUUGUGCACUGCAUUGGCUGAACUUACAUGGCCAACCAUUCUCAGCAGAAGGCAAACAUUCAGGGAAGUGUUUCAAAACUUUGAUCCUGUUUCUGUCUCAAAACUAAAUGAGAAGAAGAUAGCAGCACCAGGAGGUCCAGCCAGCUCUCUUUUGUCAGAGUUAAAGCUCCGGGCAGUUAUUGACAAUGCACGCCAAUUUUGUAAAAUAAUUGAUGAGCAUGGGUCCUUCAACAAAUACAUAUGGGAUUUCGUAAACAACAAGCCUGUGGUCUGUAAUUACCGCUAUCAGCGACAAGUUCCAAUCAAGACAUCCAAAGCUGAAAUGAUAAGCAAAGACCUGGUCAGAAGAGGUUUCCGAGGAGUUGGGCCCACCGUCAUCUACUCGUUCAUGCAGGCUGCUGGAAUUACAAAUGACCAUCUCAUCAGUUGCUUCAGAUUCCAGGAAUGUAUAGCUGCUUCUGCUGAUGCAAUUAACAAAGUUGACAGUCUUAAAGUUGAUGCUCAUAUAAAACAACUGGAGGAUGAAGCUGAGAUGGGACUAGUAAGGGCUAUUGAUGACUUGAGCUUAUCCUCAUAGGUAUGCUUUGUUAAGUAGAUGCAUUGUAAUUUACACUUAUUAUAAGAGGGCAGCUUCCUGUGCCCGCCCUUCUGUGGGAGACAGUUUGAAGGGUGAGGCGAGCAUGUGUACAAAUGACUAUGAGACUACUACAUUUAUUUCUUUGUAGAUUGUAAAGUAGAAUUUGUCUGCAUAGAGAACGAUAUGCAGGUACCCUUGGAAGUCCUCCAAUUUUUUUUGUUCAGUCUAAUUUCGGUUCCUUGAGCUCUGUACAGUUUUGACUACCUUUAAAAUGUUCUAGCAUAUACACUAGCAGCAACAUUCAAGCCCUAUUCCCGAAAGAAUUUGAGAUCGGCUAACAUUAAUCGGC